UGUAACCUAAACGUAACCUCAAAAUCAAAAUAUACUUCAAAACAAAAUUGUAAUUUGUUAAUAGAUUUUUAUGAACAGGAAGACUAGCAACUGAAGUUUUAGUUCUAAUAAUUCAAUCAUGCUAUCAAUGAAGAGAUUAUCUACCUUUACUGCCACUAAAAUACAAUUAAACGUGCGUUGCAAUUCAAAAAGUGGCUUUUUAGAAAGGCAAAUAAACAAACAUUGUAGCAUUAAUCUAACUAAGUUGUGCUCAUCUUUAUCCACAUUACAUAAUUUAACACACAAAUCCAGGCAUCCGCAAUUAGUAAAAUUCAAUGCGGAAUAUAAAGCUGCUCUGGCACUGUUCAGGAGAUCAAACUUGACACAAAUAUCAACUCUAUUCAGCAAUCCAUCUCGGGGCAUACAUACAAGUUCUGCUAAAUACAGUCAACCAAAUGAUGAUAAAGAUCAGAAUAAAAAUGAUAAGAAGAAACAAGAAGAUGCCACUUUGUCUUCAUUACUCAUGAAAGCUGCUUUUUGGAUGAUUGCGACAAGCAUUUUCAUCAUAAUGAGCACUCUAAUGGUGCCUGGUGAUACUACUUCUCCAAAUGAGGUUGUCCGAUAUGUAUCAUGGAAUGAAUUUGUGUACAACAUGUUGGCCAAGGGUGAAGUGGAGCAGCUUAUUGUUAGACCUGAUAUAGAAGUAGUUACUAUAAUUCUUUAUGAAGGUGCUAUUGUUAAGGGGAGAAGGGCAACACAUCGAGUACACCACAUGAAUAUCGGUGAUAUCCACAGAUUCGAGGAGAAGCUUCGAAAUGUUGAAAAGAGCCUAGGUGUUAAAGAAGGUGUGCGAGUCAUAUAUGAUAGAAACGGUGGGCUGGCUAGCAAGGUGAUCACGACUCUGCUGAUUGCAGCCCUGGUCAUCUCUCUGCUCUACUCCAGUAAGAAUAUGAGGAUGAAUAUAAAUCUUGGAGGAUUUAGCCAGUUAAGUCGAGCCAAAUUUACUCUUGUUGAUUCAAUGAGUGGACAAGGCAAGGGGGUGAAGUUUGAUGAUGUGGCAGGCCUUAGGGAGGCCAAGAUUGAAGUCAUGGAGUUUGUGGAUUAUCUAAAGAGACCCGAACAUUACAAGAGCCUCGGAGCCAAGGUGCCGAAGGGUGCGCUCUUGCUGGGUCCGCCGGGGUGCGGCAAGACGUUGCUGGCGAAGGCUGUAGCAACUGAAGCGAACGUACCCUUUCUCUCUAUGAACGGCUCCGAGUUCAUUGAAAUGAUUGGAGGCCUUGGAGCUGCUAGAGUCAGGGAUUUGUUCAAAGAGGCUGCGUCGCGUGCACCAUGCAUCAUCUACAUAGAUGAGAUGGAUGCUGUUGGUCGCGCGCGGUCCUCGGGCGCCGGGUCGUGGGCACCAGGAGGAGGCGGCGGCGGCGAAAGCGAGCAAACACUCAACCAACUGCUUGUAGAAAUGGACGGCAUGCGAAGCCGGGACGGCGUCGUCGUACUCGCCUCUACGAACCGAGCUGACGUCCUCGAUAAGGCUCUGUUAAGACCGGGUCGCUUCGACCGACACAUCUUGAUCGAUCUGCCGACUUUACAAGAGCGGGAAGAAAUCUUCGAGCGGCAUUGUAAAAGCAUCGUGUUAGAAGAACUGCCACCUUAUUAUCUAAAGCGUUUGGCGUAUUUGACACCUGGGUUCAGCGGUGCGGAUAUCGCUAACGUAUGCAACGAGGCAGCAUUACGCGCUGCCACCAACAAACAGAAUAUCGUACGCGCACAGGAUUUGCAGCACGCUAUUGAAAAAGUCGUAGGUGGUACAGAGAAGCGAAGUCACGCGCUGUCGCCAGUGGAGAAGCGAGUGGUAGCGUACCACGAGGCGGGGCAUGCUCUCACAGGCUGGUUGCUGGAGCACACGGAGGCACUCCUCAAAGUCACCAUCGUGCCUCGUACCAACCUCGCACUCGGCUUCGCGCAGUACACGGGAUCAGACCAGAAACUGUACUCCAAACAAGAGUUAUUCGACCGCAUGUGUAUGGCGCUGGGCGGGAGAGCUGCGGAGGCGAUAACAUUCAACUCUGUUACGAGCGGCGCGCAAAAUGACCUGGAAAAAGUUACCAAGAUCGCCUACGCUCAGGUGAGGAUCUAUGGCAUGUCACCGGAGGUCGGUCUGGUGUCGUUCCCCGACAAAGAAACCGGCAAGAGUCCGUUCAGCAACAAACUGAAGAACCUCAUCGAUCUUGAAGCACGAAAGUUGAUAGCAAACGCUUAUUAUCGCACUGAAGGUAUCCUCAGGGAAAAUCAAGACAAACUUAUCGCUCUCGCUGAAGAACUUUUAAAAAAGGAAACUUUAAACUUCGAAGAUGUGAAGGCAAUUCUUGGCCCACCGCCGUUCCCUAGAAAGAAAUUCAUAGAUCCCGUGGAGUUCGAGAACAAUCUGAAGAGUUUGGAGCAAGCUGCUACUCCUCAAGAGCCUUCUAACUUAGGCGCGCCAUCCGCUAAGUCAGACCAGCCCGGCAUCGACCAUCUUAUAUAAAUGUUAACUUUUUAGGCCUUUCGUACACUAAUCCAGAGAUGGCGAACUACUGGCAUAUGUGCCAUAAAAUAUACGACACAACAUUUUAGACACUUCCAUUAUAAAAAAAAAAAUUAAGAAAAAGUA